CAUUUUACCUCAAGCUCUUCAAAACUCAUCUUCUCCUCUUCUCACAAAGCUCUCAAAUUUUCUUUCAAAAACAAGAAGCAAAUUCUGGGUUUGGGUUUUCUUACUUAAUUGGGUUCUGGGUUGUGUAAAGUUUCGAGCUUUUGGGAAAUGGAGGUUUCUGUGGUUCGAAGCUCUCAGGUGAAGAUCGGAAGGGCUGAAUUGGGGCGCAGGGAGUUGGGGUUUUGUAAAUUGAGUGGUAAUUUGAGGACCCAGAUAAGCUUUGGUCAAAACACGAGCUGGAAAAAUGGCCGGCUUCAGUUUACUCUCAGGGCUGUUCAGUCUGAAUCGGUUCGACCCGUUAAAGCUUCGGGUCCUUCCAAAAGAUCCAAUUCGAAUGACGGGUUAAGACUAUUUGUUGGGUUGCCCCUGGAUGCAGUUUCAGACUGCAAUUCAGUGAAGCAUGCCCGAGCAAUUGCGGUUGGACUAGUGGCUCUGAAGCUAUUGGGAGUGACAGGCGUGGAGCUUCCUGUCUGGUGGGGAAUUGUUGAGAAAGAAGCCAUGGGGAAGUAUGAGUGGUCAGCCUACCAUUCUCUAGCAGAGAUGGUUCAGAAAGCCGGUCUUGAGCUUCAUGUGUCACUCUGCUUCCACGCUUCUAAACAACCGAAGAUCUCACUCCCCGAUUGGGUGUCUUGCUUAGGGGAGUCCCAACCUGGUAUGUUUUUCAAAGACAGGUCAGGGCAGCAGUUCAAGGAGUGUUUAUCACUGGCUGUUGAUGAGCUUCCUGUUCUUAAUGGAAAGACUCCGAUUCAAGUUUACCAUGAUUUCUGCGAAAGCUUUAAAGCUUCGUUCUCGCCUUUCCUUGGUUCCACAAUCACGGGCGUCUCAGUGAGCCUAGGACCAGAUGGUGAGCUUCGGUAUCCUUCUCAUCACCAGUCAGUCAAACGUAGCAAAAUUCCCGGGGUUGGCGAAUUCCAAUGUUUUGAUGAAAACAUGCUCAGUGCUCUUAAACAACAUGCUGAGGCAACCGGAAAUCCUUUAUGGGGUCUUGGCGGUCCCCAUGAUGCUCCGAGCUAUGACCAGUCACCGGACUCAAACACUUUCUUCAAGGACCAUGGGGGAUCAUGGGAGUCACCAUAUGGUGAUUUCUUCCUGUCCUGGUACUCAAACCAGCUAAUCUCUCAUGGAGAUCGGAUCCUUUCCCUUGCUUCUUCAACUUUUGGUGACACAGAAGUCACAGUAUAUGGCAAAGUCCCUCUAAUGCACUCUUGGUACAAAACAAGGUCUCACCCAUCCGAGUUGACAUCUGGGUUUUAUAAUACAUCUUCUCGAGAUGGUUAUGAAGCAGUUGCAGAUAUGUUUGCAACAAACUCCUGCAAAAUGAUAUUGCCGGGACUGGACUUAUCAGACGUACAUCAACUACAUGAAUCCCGUUCUAGUCCCGAGUCAUUACUAUCACAAAUUAGAACAGCGUGCAAAAAGCACGGAAUUGAAAUUUCUGGUCAAAACUCAUCAAUUUCGGGAGCUCCAGGAGGCUUUCAACAGAUAAAGAAGAACUUGUUAGGAGAGAAUAAAAUAGACUUGUUCACUUACCAGAGAAUGGGAGCUUAUUUCUUCUCACCUGAGCAUUUUCCUUCAUUUUCUGGAUUUGUCCGAAGCCUUAAUCAAGUGGAAUUGCAGUCAGAUGAUCUAGCUUCUGACGAAGAAGCUACUGAAUCUAUUCAUGUCAACUCAGAAUCAGGAAUCCACAUGCAAGCCGCUUAGUAUGAAUUAGAAUUGUACUCGUGUAAAUAUAAACUUGUGUUCUGUACUUGUAUCUGAAGUGUGUGGUAAAAUUGUAUAAGCCUUGGCAUACAAGAAUUGUACGCUGAACCAAAUACUUUGGUCAUUCGAGAAUCGAGAUGUUUAAACUUGCCCCUAUUUUCUUAA